UGUCUUAUCAACUUUUUUUUUUAUCAUUUUUAAAAAUUAAUAUAAAAAUACAAAUUUUUAUGUUCCUUCAUUUUUUUUUGCUAGAAGUUGAACAUAAAAAGUUGAGAAUGGUAUCCCACUAUGCAAGAAAAACUAAACGACAAACAUGGUCGGAAGAAAGUAUGAAGAAAGCUAUAUUGGCUGUACAAAAUAAAGAAAUGGGGUGGCUUAAAGCUUCCAAAUAUUUCAAUAUACCUCAAGCUACACUUCGUCGUCAUUUUCAUAAUACAAAUAAAAUAGCAAAAGGAAUAGUGAAACAUCUUGGUCGACCAAGUUGUUUGCCAUCUAUGGUAGAAAAAAAAUUGAUUGACCAUAUUUUAAACUUGGAGUCUAGAUUUUUUGGAAUGACUGUCCAAGAAGUAAAGAAAAUGGCUUAUGAUUUUGCCGAAGAAGCUCAUAUUCCACAUAACUUUAAUAAAGAAAAGAGAGAAGCAGGGUGGGACUGGUUAGCUGGGUUUCGUAAAAGAAAUCCACAGCUAUCAUUACGUUCUCCGGAACCAACAUCAGCUGCCAGAGCACAAGCUUUUAACAAGCCACAGGUACACAAAUUUUUUAAUCUUUUUUUUGACACUAUGCGCAAUGAAAACAUAUCAGUUGAAAAAAUAUAUAAUAUGGAUGAAUCUGCAUUGACAACGGUACAAAAGCCAUCAAAGAUAUUUGCUCAAAAGGGCAAAAAACAAGUAGGUGUAUUAACAAGUGCCGAACGUGGGCAGCAUGUUACAGUGGUUUGUUGUAUAGGUUCAUCUGGGCAAUGUGUACCCCCUGCUCUCAUUUUUCCCAGAAAAACAUUUAAUGCUAAUUUGUACGAUGGAGCCCCUCCAGGUACUUUGAAAAUGUAUCAGGACACAGGUUAUAUGACUGGGGAAUUAUUUAUUGAAUGGAUGAACCACUUUAUAAGGAAUGUUAAACCUAGUCUUGAAGAAAAAGUGUUAUUACUUCUAGAUGGCCAUUCAAGUCACAAAACAGUAGAUGCACUUGAACUUGCUAAAAAGUCAGGUGUUGUUUUACUUUGUCUACCUCCUCAUUGCACGCACCGACUUCAACCUUUGGAUGUUGGUAUUUUUGGUCCUCUUGAUGUAUAUUUUAACCAAGAAAUAGAAAUUUGGUUAAAGGCUAAUGCAGGCCGAACAGUUGGACUCUAUCAAAUAUCUAACAUUUUUGGUCGUGCUUUUGUAAAAACAGUUACAAUGAAGAAUAUUUUGUCAUCAUUUCAAGCCUGCGGUUUAAAUCCAUAUAACCCAGAUAUCUUUCCAGAUCAUUUAUUUGCUCCAAGUUUGACAACAAAUAAUUUGAAUUUUGAAGAACCUACUAAUAAUACAAAUAUACUUUCUGAGGAACAAAAUGAAGUCAUUUUUCCAAGUACUGAAGAUACUGAAGAUAAUGUGAAUAAUGUGACUGUUGUAGACAUAGAUACAAAUUUUCAGACUUCUCCAUUACUUUUGCCAAUGCCUGCUUGUUCAAACACAGAAACAAACCUAAAUACUGAAAAUAUUUCUAAAAUAAUACAAAAAAUUUCACCUUUGCCUAGCUGUUCCUUUGCUGGCCCUAGAAAAUCAAAUAAAAAUAGAUCUACAGGAACUCAAGUGCUUACAAAAAGUCCACUCAUAAAACAAUUAAAAGAAAAACAAAAUGAGAAAAAAGAUAAAGAAUUAAAAAAGUCUAUGAAAAUCAAAUCUAAAAACACUCAGGCAGUUAUGAAGAAUCCACAUAUUAAGAAUAUAAAAAAGAAACAAGAAAAAGUAAUUAGAAAAUCAAAAAGACCAGUAAAUCGCAAAUUAUUUUUAGAUGUUCCAACUGAAAACGAUGCUCAAAGUGAAGCUGAUGAUGUUGAUAAUGAUGAAGAUGAAGUUGCUUGUCUUUAUUGUAAUGAUUUAUACAAACAUUCUAAAUCUAAUGAGACAUGGAUACGUUGUAAUUUCUGUAAAAAAUGGGCGCACACAGCCUGUGCAGGUAUUGAUUUUGGAGUAAAAUAUUUUGAAUGUGAGUUAUGUCAAGAAGACUGAAUUUUAAAAAAAGACUGAAUUUUAAAAAUUAACUAAGACUGAAAUUCUAAAGUUAGUCUAAGGAAGACUUAUGUUUUAUUACCAAACAGCAUUUUAUUUGUUGUUAUUAUGUUUUUAUAGAAUUAAUCUAAGGAAGACUCAUGUUUUAUUUUUUAUUACUAAACAGCAUUUUAUUUGUUUUUAUUAUGUUUUUAUUAUGUUUUUAUAGAAUUUUAUAUAUAACUAAAGUCUUGUUAUUUAUAAUAAUAAUAAAAAAAUUAAACUAUUAAAUAAACUAUUGCAUUCCAAAAAAUUAUAAUUUAUUUCUAUUGCCAAGUAUACAAUGGUUGCUUAUACAAAUGGUGUAUGCCAUUUUAUCCGACACUCCGGGUAAAAUGACAUAGUAGAUACAUUUUAAAAAAAAUGAAUUAAAAUAAUUUGUUUGUAUUGAAUGUACAAUUAGACUUCAGAAAUAUGUGUAUAAUAUAAAUACAAAUAUGUUGCUCAA